GUUGGUGAAAAUCUGACAGCGACGAGUUGAUAAACUCCGUGACAUAAAAACACUCAAUGCCCAUGGGCUGACGAGUUGUUGUUUUUAGCGAUUGUGAUAGUUUUAGCGGUGUUGAUUUGUUUUCAGGAAUUCGCAGCCUGUUCCUAAGCUCUUCAUUCACGGACGUUGUUUGGAUAAAACACAUCGAAUAUGUUUGACAGCAUGAAACGAUUUUUUUCACGCAACCGAAGGAAAUUCAUUAUUGUGGGUGUGGCUGUAGGAGGCACAUACCUGGUUGCACGCUAUGCCAAACAGAAACUUGUUGAGCUGCAAGAAUCGAGCACCAAAGAGUUUAUUGAAAAGACCAGACGCGUUCAGCAUUUCGAAUCAACAGAACGCACUUGCAACCAGGCCAUCGUCAGCCUCACAGCUAAUGUUUCUGACGAAAUUUUGCAAAUUUUGAACCCAGAAAUAAUCUUGGAAAAACUAAGAACCAACCCGGAAGACAAACUCCAAUUAUGGGAUAAUCUUAAAAUCAUGGCUUUCACAAGAUUGACUACCUUAAUUUAUGCAACGACUAUUCUGGUAGUGACAUUGCGGGUACAAUUGAAUGUUUUAGGUGGUUACCUUUACAAAGACACCAAAUCUGAUGACACGAAAAUAUCUAACGAGCUCCGACAGUCCUAUUUAUCGUUAGUGCAGAAUUUUCUCCACAGCGGGUUGAGAGAUAUGACGAAACUUAUUGAAAGUAAAGUGCGUCUUGUAUUGGAAGCGUAUCCUCUUACAAAGAAAUUGAGCCUGUCGGACAUCGAACAAGUAUUUUGGUCUAUCCAAAUGGCUGUCAAUAGUGACCCCACAGAGCCAAAUUCGAAUCUAACACGCUACGUGUUCCCUUCAACAGUAGAUGACAGCAAUGAAACAUUGAAGAAGAUGUACGAUGAAACUUUAGAUAUUCUGGAAAGCGAUGACGUGGCGGCUCUUUGCGCGAACUGUAUAAGUAGAGGAUUCUCCAUCGCUGUUGAUACCAUCGCCGAGUCUUUCUCAGAAACAAACAAGACACCCAAUCAAAUCACCGCUAAUGGCAAAAGCGCAUUGGAGGCUAAGUCUACAUCGGGAGAUGUGGUUAAUAUAAACAACAUGGAAUUAUCUCUUGCAAAGAUUAUUCCAAUUUUAAACAACAUCACAGCAGUAAACCAAGAGAACAAUAACAGUCGACCGAGUCUAACCUCAUCGUUAGUAACAUUCUAUUUAAUCGCCGAGAAGAUCAAAACUUUGGGAACGAACGUGUACGAGGUGUUUAGUGUGUAAAGACAUAAAUAUGUAUAAUUUUGGGAUUGUAUAAUAAAUUUCCACUUUUGAAAUGUGAAA